AUGUCUCUGAGGCACCGCAAGAGCGUGGGAGACCCGGUACAGACGCCCACAGCCCAGCCGAUACCCUCCUCACGACGAACUACCCCCACCUCCUCCUCCUCACGACUCCGCAUCCUCCUCUUCGCCGCGCCUCUCCUGCUCGGAUGGUACCUCGUCUCCAUCCGCAACGCGGGCGUAACGACACUCAAGCAGCCGCCGUUCCGCUAUGCAGUUUGCUCGCCCUCUAGCUCGAAAAAGGCUCAAAUCGUUACGAUGGACGAGAGUGAGGGGGGCCGGUCGCUAAGAGUCGAGUGUAUUGUAGUCGAUGAGGGAAAGAUUGUUGCGACAGGGACGAGGGGGGAAAUCAGGGAGGAAUGGGGAGACUUGGAGACGACUGGACGCGGAGUGCGCAUCUUCUGGCUGGGAAAGGACGAGACGGUGCUGCCGGGACUCAUUGACGCUCACGCCCACGUCCUCCAGCAAGGAGAAGCAGCCAAUUCUGUCGACCUCGUCGGCGCGACAUCCGUUGCUGAGGUCGUCGAUCGCAUCGCCGCCUUCGUCUCUGCCGACCCGGAACUCGCGAAGGACCGGACAAAGUUCGUGAUGGGCCUGGGAUGGGAUCAGACCAAGUUCAAGGAGACUGGCGGAGACUUCCCGACCGCUGCCGACCUCGAGCGGGACCCUCGACUCGCAGGUCGACCAAUCUACCUAAAGCGGAUCGACGUCCACGCCCUCUGGGUCUCGCCCGCCGUCCUCGCCUUGCUUCCGCCUGAUCUGCCAGCAGUCGUUCCAGGCGGACAGAUCGUGCGCGACCCGGCAACGGGCAAACCUACUGGUGUCUUCCUCGACAACGCCAUGGACUACAUCAACGCCGUCAUCCCACCCUGGACCUCCUCCUCCCGCCUGCGCUUCCUCCUCUCGACCUCUCGUUCAAUGCUCGCCCAUGGCCUCACAGGAGUCCACGACGCCGCCCUCGCGCCCGCCGACGUCCGCUUCCUCCGCGACCUCGACAAGGAGGGCAAGUUGCCUGUCAGGAUUUACGGGAUGGUUGGGUGUGUGCCGACUAAUAGCUGGUGUGGCAACGAGGAGGGCGUGGAGAGGUACGAUGGAGAACGGUUGACAGUCCGCGCGGCCAAGAUCUUCACAGACGGAGCGCUCGGGUCAUGGGGCGCUGCGAUGCACGAGCCCUACAGCGAUGCCCCGGACAAAAAGGGCUUCCUGAUUACCGAGGAGCCAGAGCUGCGCGAGCUGAUGGGAAAAUGGGUCUCGAAAGGCUUCCAGCUCGCGUCGCACGGCAUCGGCGACCGAGCCAACACCGUCGUCCUCGACAUCUACGAGUCGCUCUUGCGGAACUUGACGUUGGAGGAGGGACGGGACGGGACGGACGAUGCGGAGGUUAGGAAGACGCAGGAGAGGGUGAGGUGGAGGGUCGAGCAUGCGCAGAUUAUGACGCCGGGAGACAUCGAGCGGAUAGGUCGUCUUGGGAUCGUUGCGUCGUUCCAGCCGACUCAUGCGACGAGCGACAUGGGCUACGCCGAGCAACGCAUCGGUUCCGAGCGGAUCAAGGGCGCGUACGCGUGGCGCUCGCUGCUCAACACCGGAGCUCCCUUCGCACUCGGUUCCGACUUCCCCGUCGAGCUCGUCAACCCGUUCCACGGCAUCUACUCCGCCAUCACCCGCAAGUGGCCGAACGGAGACUCGCCCCACGGUCCCGACGGAUGGUACCCUCAGGAGCGGCUCACGAUCCUCGAAGCGCUUCGCGGGUUCACGACUUCUGCGGCCUACUCGUCUUUCUCGAUGUCGAACCAGGGCAUGCUCCGACCGUCGUACCACGCCGACUUUGUCAUCGUCAAGGGCGACCCCCUCGAGCUGGGUACGGAGCGGGAAGGCGAGACGGUGGACGAGAGGCGGACGAGGGAGCACAAGUUGCGCGAGACGGUGGUGCGGACGACGGUCGUCGGCGGGCGAGUCAUGCAUGGCAAGGGUCUGUAG